AGAAGUAGUGUUUAGUUAAUAUUUUCUUUUAAAACAAAAAUAAGAAAAUCCAAUAACAGAGAGUGUGCGGUGUUCUUCCUUACAGUGGUAUCGGAGAGGAGGCAGAGCAGAGGAACGAUGGCGGCGGCGGCAGCGUCGCAGGGGUACCGCCAACCUUCGACAAUCGAGGAAGUGAGAACCCUAUGGAUUGGGGAUUUGCAGUAUUGGGUGGACGAGGCGUACCUCAGCCACUGUUUCGCCCACACCGGCGAGGUUCUUUCCAUCAAGAUCAUCCGCAACAAGAUGACGGGCCAACCCGAGGGUUACGGUUUCGUCGAGUUUGUUUCCCACGAGGCAGCGGAGCGCGUACUCCAGACCUACAACGGCAUGCAAAUGCCCGGCACCGAACAAACCUUCAGGCUCAAUUGGGCCUCUUUCGGCAUCGGUGAGCGCAGGCCCGAUGCGGGCCCAGAAUACUCCAUCUUCGUGGGCGAUCUUGCGCCCGACGUAACCGACUAUCUUCUCCAAGAAACCUUCCGGGCCCACUACCACUCCAUUCGCGGCGCCAAGGUCGUCACGGAUCCCAACACGGGCCGCUCCAAGGGCUACGGCUUCGUCAAAUUCUCCGACGAGAACGAACGCAACCGCGCCAUGACCGAGAUGAACGGGGUUUAUUGCUCCACUAGAGCCAUGCGCAUUAGUGCCGCCACGCCCAAGAAAAGCACCAGUAGUUACGCCGCCGAGCCUGCGCCUUUCACCAAACCUGUGUUCCAGGCUCCGGCUUACACUGCGCCGGUUCAAGUUCAACCUCCGGAGUAUGAUGUUAAUAACACUACCAUUUUUGUUGGUAAUUUGGAUCCUAAUGUGUCUGAGGAGGAAUUGAAGCAAAACUUUCUGCAAUUUGGAGAAAUUGUCUCUGUUAAAAUUCCGCCGGGCAAGGGAUGUGGCUUUGUUCAAUUUAGAACUAGAGCAUCAGCUGAAGAAGUUAUUCAGAGAACGCAGGGAAUGAUGAUAGGCCAACAAGUGGUCAGGAUUUCUUGGGGUAGGACCCUAGCAGCUAGACAGGACUUAUCUGGUGGGUGGGGACAACAGAUGGAUCCAAGUCAAUGGAAUGCCUACUAUGGAUAUGGGCAGGGUUAUGAAACAUAUGGUUAUGGGGCUGCUCAAGACCCUUUAUUGAAUACAUAUGGUGGCUAUCAACAGUAUCCCCAACAGGUUGGAGGUGCUCAAGACCCAACUGGUAUGCCUGCACCUACCAUGGAACCAAGGGAGGAAUUGUAUGAUCCCUCGGCAAUGUCUGAUGUUGAGAAGUUAAAUGAUGCAUACCUCAGAGUACAUGGAAAUUCCAUUUUAGGGCGAUCGCUAUGGCAAAAAACUUCUUCAUCAUCCUUACCAAAAACUUAAAAGAUAUAUUUCUAGGGCCUGGUCAAUGUGCAUUAUAUGUCAAAAUACUCUGCAACUGCACCCACAAAUUUAAUCGGCAUAGGUUUAACUUUUGUCAAUACAUACUGAGUUCAUAGGUUUAACUCUUGUCAAUACAUACUGAGUUUAUCCCAAA